UUAUUGAUUGAAAAUGAGGUGCAUAGUUCAUAAAAAAAACUUAUGUUUUCAUUUAAGAAUUAAUAUUCCAUCAUAUAAAAAAAAUAACGAUGCUGACAUUUGCAGACAUUUUUCGUUCUCCAGCAGCUUUGUUGCGUCCGACUCUAUGUUUGAACUAAUAGUGUGUAGGCAUUGAGAGUAUAACCACUGUUUGUAUCAUACGGCGUCCAAGAAACUGUUUCACUGUCUGUUGUCAUUAACAUAUUUGUCAAAUUGAUCAGAUAUUCUGUAUUGUUAGAAAUGGAAUGUGAACUGUGUGCUGGAUUUAAAACUUUUUCUUAAUUCGGAACUAAUUGUGGGCAGUAUAUUGGGAUCGUGAUCGGUAUAAUGGACAUUUGUCGGAAAUGCAGAUAUAUUUGUGUUAUUCGCAGAUUACGGAAACGUGUGUAUCUCUGUCUGUUUAUACUUGCCUGCUUUGGGUAUUUAGCAUAUUAUGAUUUCUUUCGAUAUCCACGUACGGUAAAUCUCGGGAAAGCUCAAAUAAAUAUUCUGAAUUCUACUUCAUUUCCACUAUUGCUGAAUGCAUUACAAAAUCAAUAUUGCAUUCAUCCCUCGCUAGAUCCGUAUCAUCCAUCGGUGGUUAACUUCUUCCAUCCAGUGCAGAAACAAAAAUGUCAAACCGAGGCAGACUGGGUUUCCGUGAGUAAUGGUUCUGCGCAUAUUAUGCCAGGUGCGUCAUUUAAACGUGGACAAAUAAUAUGUCGUCUCGUGCCUUUAUUAAGAGGUCAAACAGACGACAUCAUCAAGUAUGGUACUAAAGAGACAAAACUCAGUCAAGACGAAAAAGUCUCUGUACCUUCUGAUUUCAUUAAAACGUCUUGUAAAUCUAAAACUGGUCAUCGAUACAUGAACAUUCACUCGACAAUCGCUAUCAAAAAGUCAAUAUUUGACAGACUGAAUAACUUAAAGACAAAGUUACAAUCCGAAACCAAGCUAAACGUUUUAAUGCUUGGUUUUGAUUCUGUAUCUCGAAACACUUGGCUGCGCAUGCUCCCAUCUGCUCAUUCCUAUUUGAAGAAUGAUCUGCAAGGGAUAGUUUUAGAGGGUUAUAAUAUAGUUGGCGACGGAACCCCUCAAGCACUCUUGCCUAUUCUAACUGGCAAAACAGAAGAAGAAUUACCGGAAGUUCGCAGAGGUCAUCAAGGGGCAACAACCGUCGACAAUCAUCCAUGGAUUUGGAAAAAUUUCUCCCGUUUAGGUUAUGUGACACAAUGGGGAGAGGAUAUGGCCUUUAUUGGAACCUUUAAUAUGCGAAUGGUGGGAUUUAAUAAGCAACCUGUAGAUCAUUACAUGCGUCCUUUUUAUCUUGUAACUGAGAAACUACACAAAUUUUACAAACCAUAUUGUCUAGGAUCGCAGCCUCGACAUCGUAUAAUGUUUAAUUAUCUAAAGGACUUUGUAAACAUUUACAGGGAACAUCCGAAAUUUAGUUUCUUGUUUCAUUCGGAGUAUAGUCAUGAUAACUCUAAUACAUUACAAUGGAUGGAUCAUGAUUUAAUAAACUUGAUGAAGAACAUGUAUGAAAAUGGUCAUCUAAAUUCCACUGUUUUAAUUCUAAUGAGUGACCAUGGUGCUAGGUUUCAUGAUAUAAGACAAACAUUGCAAGGAAAGUAUGAAGAACGAAUGCCGUACUUUGCUUUUCGUUUUCCUGAGUGGUUUGCGAAGAAAUAUCAUGUGGAAUAUGAUAACUUAAAGAAGAACUCAAAAAGGCUUGUAACUCCUUUUGACAUUCAUGCGACGUUUGAACACAUUCUUAGCAUCGCACAGACAAACUUAAAAAGUGAAUCUCAUAUCAAAAAUACAACAGGUGCUUUAAAAUUACCAAGAGGUAUUAGUAUUUUAAAGGAUAUACCUCAGAACAGAUCCUGUUAUGACGCAGGCAUAGCACCGCACUGGUGCGCAUGUCUGCCAUGGAAACACAAUAACAUUAACGAUAUCGUUGUUCAGAAAGCUGUCGAAAAAGUAGUUAGUUUGAUUAAUUCAAUGACGAAUGCGUUCAGACAUAAGUGUAGAACUCUGUCUAUAAUCAGAAUAAUACGGGCUAUGACGUUUACUCCGAGUAGAGAUGUCGUAAAAUUUGUCGGCAGUUCUGAUAAAGAUGGUCGAUAUGCUAAAUUCGACAAUUCUCUGAACAUCCCAAAUACUAUAUUACAAGUAACAUUCCAAACAUCACCUGGUGAGGCCAUAUACGAAGCCACUGUGGUACAUGAUAAAAUAUCUGGCAACUUUUUUGUUGACAAUCGUGAAAUCAGCAGAACAAAUUCCUAUGGGACAUCUGCAGAUUGCAUAGAAAGUUUAGCCCCACACCUACGUCAGUAUUGCUAUUGUACAAACAUUUGAUUUAAUACUAUGAUAGU